AUGGUUUCUUGGCUUUGUGGAACCAAUCUUUUUCAUCGCUUCCAUGAGGGGCUAUUUCGACGGUUAGCUGUUAACAGGACCCGAAAUUCCUCACUGUCCGAUAGACCACUGACGCUGAAAACUCAGCUUGUAGAAACACUUUCCGAGCGGGACAGCUAUGAAACGGUGGAUCUUAGAAAUAAUUUGGAAAAUUAUGAGAGGUUUCUGCUGAAUGAGUUGGAGGAGCUAGCAAAAUCCGGAAUCGGAAAACAUUGUUCAAUAGACGAGGUUAACCGCCAUUCAAAUUCACUUGAUGGAAGUAUGUGUGCACAAGAGCUUUACGAAAAGCAGCUCCAGGCCCUCUGGUCUCGAACCAUCUUAAAGGUUGAGAAAAAUUUCACUAAGGAGAAAAAGAAUCAUGUGAAACGGGCUGUCAAAUUAUCUGGUGAUUGGCCGCUUUCAUUUUUUCACUUUAUCAGUCCAUCCGGUAAAGUUAAGAAGACCAUCACCCAUGACCACCAUCAGGAGGGAAGGGAAAGUCCAUUUAACGAGUCAGACACACUUAACGACUGCAGUUGGAGAGGCACGGACACUAAUACUGGCAACCAACUAAAGCCGAUUAACAAGCAAGGUAAAGUUGACGAAGAGAAUAAAUUAUUUCCAAAGGCUCCGAGGAAAGUGAUGCUGGUGAACUCGUUAGCACGAUCUAGGCUACCACCCGACAGAGUGCUCACGGUGCGCUCAAAGCGCUUGAAAUGA